AUGCCUAGGCUAUUGAUGGUCUAUUACUAUAGGACAGGAAAGGUAAAAGGCAUUGAAAGGUUUCUUGGAGCAGUGGAUAAUUUGGAGGCAUCUUUGAUGGAAGCUACAUCAGGAGUUGCAAAAUACGAACAUCAGCAUCGAUCUAUCGUUUGGAGAAUGCCUCGCUUGCCAAAAGAGGGACAAGGAGCGUAUACAACACAUAACUUAGUGGUGAGGUUGCAGCUUACCUCGUAUGAUCAGGUUCCCGACGAGUUGGCCAACUACGCUUAUGUUGAGUUCACAAUGCCAGCUACGACUGUCUCUCACACUACUGUCAGAUCUGUGUCCAUACAGAACAGCGACAGUGAUUCGCCGCCUGAGAAGUAUGUCCGUCACCUGUCCAGGCAUGAAUACAGAGUUGAAAUAGAGCACACUCAUGGAGAAGGGCCUGGAGACUACAUAGCAGCUACAGUUACAAAACCAGCACCAAUAACGGAAGAACCCCGCCCACAACCACAACCGGCGGCCCCACCUCCAGCAUCUGACAGUGAUUCCGACAGUGGAUAA